AUGGCUACAUCUAAACCUAAUAAUAAGCUAAAAACUUUUCAGGAGGUACCUGAUGAAGAUGUAGCUAAUAAUUCAGAAGUUGAACCUUCAGAUGAACUGGUGAGUAAUGAUAAUUCAGAGAAUGAAGAAGAUGGGUUAGGUAUGUAUGAGUCAGACGACAAUCUUGUUGACCUAGAAGAAGGAUCCGAUUAUGAAUUUGAACAACCGGAUUUUAUAGAUGAAGAGGCUGCAGAUUUACAAGCCAAGUUCGAUGCUGAUGAACUGGUGAGUAAUGAUAAUUCAGAGAAUGAAGAAGAUGGGUUAGGUAUGUAUGAGUCAGACGACAAUCUUGUUGACCUAGAAGAAGGAUCCGAUUAUGAAUUAGAACAACCGGAUUUCAUAGAUGAAGAGGCUGCAGAUUUACAAGCCAAGUUCGAUGCUGAUGAACUGGUGAGUAAUGAUAACUCAGAGAAUGAAGAAGAUGGGUUAGGUAUGUAUGAGUCAGACGACAAUCUUGUUGACCUAGAAGAAGGAUCCGAUUAUGAAUUUGAACAACCGGAUUUUAUAGAUGAAGAGGCUGCAGAUUUACAAGCCAAGUUCGAUGCUGAUGAACUGGUGAGUAAUGAUAAUUCAGAGAAUGAAGAAGAUGGGUCAAGUAUGUAUGAGUCAGACGACAAUCUUGUUGACCUAGAAGAAGGAUCCGAUUAUGAAUUUGAACAACCGGAUUUUAUAGAUGAAGAGGCUGCAGAUUUACAAGCCAAGUUCGAUGCUGAUGAACUGGUGAGUAAUGAUAAUUCAGAGAAUGAAGAAGAUGGGUCAGGUAUGUAUGAGUCAGACGACAAUCUUGUUGACCUAGAAGAAGGAUCCGAUUAUGAAUUUGAACAACCGGAUUUUAUAGAUGAAGAGGCUGCAGAUUUACAAGCCAAGUUCGAUGCUGAUGAACUGGUGAGUAAUGAUAACUCAGAGAAUGAAGAAGAUGGGUUAGGUAUGUAUGAGUCAGACGACAAUCUUGUUGACCUAGAAGAAGGAUCCGAUUAUGAAUUUGAACAACCGGAUUUUAUAGAUGAAGAGGCUGCAGCUUUACAAGCCAAGUUCGAUGCUGAAGGUCUCCCUGCUGGUGCGGAAGUGUCUGUGCCUUGGUUGAUGGAGGACAAACCCGAUCCGACGAGACCUCCGGUUCCGUGUAGCAGUUCAGCUUUGCCCAAGCAGUUUCAAGAAGAUGAUUCUGAUGAAGCUAUAAUAAAGUACAGAUCUUUUAAAAGUUUUGAUACGGUUGAAGAUUUCUCCGACCACCAUUAUAAGUCAAAGUCAGUCACCAAGUCAAAGCAAGCAUCACAGAAGUGGACAAGGGCAAUUCAGCAGGAUUGGAGACUUCUAGAGAAGGAUUUGCCAGACACUAUAUUUGUCAGAGCUUAUGAAGGAAGAAUGGAUCUUCUAAGAGCUGUGAUCGUUGGUGCAGCUGAGACACCUUAUCACGACGGCCUCUUCUUCUUUGAUAUACACUAUCCAUCAGAGUAUCCUGAUACACCACCGCUUGCCAACUACCAUGCACAUAAUCUGCGCAUAAAUCCGAACUUGUACGAGAGCGGUUAUGUUUGUCUUAGUCUUCUCAACACAUGGGAUGGGGACAAGGUCGAGCGCUGGACACCAGGGAAAUCCAACAUGCUGCAAGUUCUUCUCUCUAUCCAAGCUCUGGUACUUAAUGAAAAACCCUACUUCAAUGAGCCUGGAUAUGAAGAGGAUGCUGGCUCUGUAUCAGGUGACGUGUAUGCCCGGGAAUACAAUGAGAACACAUUUAUUUUAUCAUGCAAGACAAUGCAGUACACGCUUAAGAAUCCCCCGAAGUAUUUUGAGGAUUAUGUACUGGGGCAUUUCCGCCUUCGAGCAUACACUAUUUUGGCGGCUUGUAAAGCUUACAUUGAAGGUGAUCAGGUCGGUUCUGUGAUUAAAGAAGUGCAGGAUGAUGAUGAGAGUCAAAAGAGCGGCUCCUCCAAGAAUGAAGCGGGCAAAGUUGUUGAAGGAGUGCAGGAUGUAAAUGGGGGUCAAAAGACUGGCUCAUCAUUGCACUUCAGGAGCAGGCACUCCGAGAGCUGGAACUUCAAGAACGAAGUGGGUACCAUGGCAGGCAACCUUGUCCCAUUAUUUAUAUCAAAAGGCGCUAAGAAUUGUGAGAAGUUUAUCUGUCUGGGUGACUCUUAUCGGUUAGCUGAAGCCAAUUACAGUAACAUUUUUAAGAAAGAUUUCUACAAGACAGCAGAAGAUCAAGUUGCGGCUGCUGAAUCUCAACUUCAUGCUCAGGUUCAGGCACAGGCACAGGCACCGGCUCAAACUAAUUUUGGUACAAAUAACUAUCAUUACGACUACGACGAUUAUUAG